CACUUUCACUUUUCCGAUUUGGCGUGAGGAGCACAGUCGAUUCACAUCUCCGAGCUGAUAUUAAACCAAACCACUUGCUAAGCACAGCAUUUUUCCAGGUGAAAACUGAAACGAAAUUAUUUUCCACACACUUUACACCUGCAAGUUGAAAGAGUUGCAAAGCGAAGCCAUGGACGCGAACAAGCUAAAGAAACUGGAGGAAGUGGUGCGCAUCGGUGGCAAGGGAACGGUGCGCCGCAAGCACAAGAACAUCCCAUCCUCGGCUGCGGUCGAUGAGAAGCGUCUGCAGACCACACUGGCCAAGUUGCCCUUGAGCCAGGUCAACGGCAUCCAGGAGGUGACCAUCGAGUUUACCGAUUCCAGCGAGAUGGUGGUGGCCAUGCCCCGGGUUCAGGGCACCACGUCCAGUAACUUGUUCGUGAUUACCGGCGAUUUCGUGCGCAAGUCGUCACCAGCUGGCGGCGCAUCGAAAGGGCCCAAGGCAUCCAAGCCGGCAGCUGGUGGCGUCUAUAAAUCAGAGUCGCAGCAGGCCAUCAAGGUGGUGGCCAAGAAGCCCAAGAAGCCACGCAAUCGGGUUCGUGCUCGCAACAAGAAGGCCCAAAUGUUGCUCGCCGCAAAGAAUGAAGAAGCAUCCGCCGAGCUGAAGACUGAUCCCUUGGCUGGCGGGGAUUCGGAGCCGAAGCUGCUGGGCGCUGCUGCUGAAUCGAUUCCGAGCUCUUCCGAAGAUGCUGACGAUCCGAACAACGAUGACAAGGUGUCCUCGGAGGAUGGUUCCUCCGAUGUGGAUGAGACCAUCGUCGGCGACGCAGACUCGCUGGGCAGUUUCGACGACGAUUCCGACAGCAAGAACGAUGACGGCAAGGAGUGGAACAACCUAUCCUUCUACUCCGACGACUAUGAUUCCCAGGCGGAGCAGCCCGAUCCGAAGACAGCGCACGCUCAGGUGUCCGAGGACGAGGAUUAGGCAUCUUCGUUUGCAGCUACAUUUGUACCAAUAUGCUCAAUAAAAUGCAUUAUACAUAAGUGCACAUAUGCACCACCAUAUA